CAGACUCCCAGACUUAGCCAUGUCUUCAACUCCCAUCAAAAAAGUCGGUGUGAUUGGCGCAGGCGUCAUCGGCGCCAGCUGGACCGCCCUCUUCCUCGCCAAAGGCCUUAAGGUGAUCGUGACAGACCCAGCACCAGGUGCUGAGGCCAAGCUUCGUGACUACUUGCAGGAAUACUGCGCGGCAGUACCAAAUGCCACAGUCGCACCAGCCGCCUGCUUGGAGAACUACAAAUUUGUCAAGGACAUCGAUCCCUACCUCGAGAGCCUAGACUUGAUCCAAGAGAACGGACCGGAGCGAGUAGACUUCAAACGCCGUCUAUUCGCACAUCUGGACGCGAAGACCCCUUCUCACGUCCUCAUUGCAUCCUCCUCCUCUGGCCUCCCAUCAUCACAGUUCAUCACAGAAUGCACGAACAACCCAGGCCGCAUCCUCAUCGGGCACCCCUUCAAUCCUCCCCACCUGGUGCCCCUGGUCGAAGUCGUGCCUCACCCAGGCACGAGUAAAGAAUACGUGACGGCCGCCUAUGAAUUCUACCAAAGCCUGGACAAAGACCCGGUAGUGGUCAAACAAGAGACACCGGGCUUCAUCGCCAACCGCCUCCAGGCCGCUAUCUGCGCCGAGGCCUACAGCCUCGUGUCACGGGGGAUCGUCUCAGCAGAGGACCUCGAUAAAACCGUGACAUCCGGCCUCGGUCUCCGGUGGGCGCUGACCGGGCCGAUCAUGACCAACACGCUCGGCGGUGGGGGAGACUUUAGCCAUUUCAUGGAUCACCUGGGCCCGGCGUUGCAGUCGUGGCUGGACGAUAUGGAUCAGCAUAGGUUUGACAUGGGCUCGCAGGAGAAGGUCGAGGCUUUGAAACGCACGGUCAACGACUGGGUAUCGCAGGUCGAUUUAAAGGUGGUUGCUGGUGAUCGUGAUGCGCUUUUGGCUAAUUUGGUCAGGGAUAAGCUGGAUCACGCGAGGAAGUCGACGUAGCGGGGAAGGUGAUGAUGAGAAG